CUAAAUUCACCGAUAUUCUUUGGUGAUCCAAUGCUGGCAUUCAUCUCAACAGAUUAGAAAACAAUAUCGAGACACAGAAUAUAUCUUAUCUAUUCUUUGAUUAAGCUAUAACUUAACAGCUGAAUUCAUCUAAUAGUAAUUGAUAAAAAUAAUACAAGUAUGUAACGCGAACUACCAGCUAGGAUAGGAGACUUAUAACCCACUGUUUAAAUAAGUUCAAAUAUAAUAGAUACCUAAAUAACAAGUAUUAGUUUGUAUUACAAUUUGUGAUCAACAAAAAAUGCUGAUAUUAUACUGGAAUUAUAGUUGAUACGAAGUUAACUAUAUAUAUCUUACAAAAAUGCAUCAAGUUGAAUUCAAACCUGAACAACAUAAAAAGUAUUUUCGCCGUUCAUUAGAUAUAUUACCUAGUGAAUCUGCUAUGUUUGAUUGUUCUCGUCUGACCAUUUUAUAUUUUGUACUUAUUGGCUUAGAUGUAUUAGAUGGUUUAGAUUUAUUGACAGAAGAACAUAAACGGAGUAUAAUUGAAUGGGUUUAUGGUCUGCAACUUGUACCAAGUGAAAAUGUUCUGGAUCAUAAAUGUGGUUUUAUGGGUUCAACUACAGUCAUUCAUUUAAAAAAUUAUCCAAGUUGUGAGAAAUACUGUGAAAGCAAUGUUGCUAUGACAUACAUGGCACUAUGUAUUUUAAUAACCUUAGGAGAUGACUUGAGUCGUUUAAAUAAAACUGCUAUUCUUCAAGGAGUUGCUGCACUUCAAAAACCUGAUGGAAGUUUUAAAAGUAAUUAUGAAUAUGGUGAAAGUGAUUUAAGAUUUGUUUAUUGUUCUUUAGCUGUUUGUUUUAUAUUAAACGAUUCAUCUCUUAUUAAUGUCAAUAAUACUAUUCAUUUCAUUUCUAAAUGUUUAAACUAUGAUGGAGCAUUUGGACAAAAUCCAGGAACAGAAUCACAUGGAGGAUCUACUUAUUGUGCAAUUGCAUCUUUAUCUUUACUUAACAAGCUAAAUGAUGUAAUAAACAGUAAAAAAUUAAAAAUUUUGGAGCGUUGGGCUGUUAAUCGUCAAAUUAAUGGUUUUCAAGGUAGACCAAAUAAAGAUCCAGAUACGUGUUAUUCGUUUUGGAUUGGUGCUACACUCAGAAUUAUAGGAUCAUUAGAUAAAAUAAAUAAAGAAAAAAACAAGGAUUUUGUAUUAAAUAAUGCUAAUUUCUUGACUGGUGGAUUUAGUAAAGAUAUGGAUUCCAUACCAGAUCCAAUGCAUACAUGUUUAAGUCUUUGUGGAUUAAGCCUCGUUGAAAUGGAAGGAUUGAGUCCAAUUAAUCCAGCUUUAAACAUCACUGAGAGAGCAACAAAUCAUUUAAAACAAAUACAGCAUUAAAACUAUUUAGCCGUAUUAUAUAAAAUAAAGUUUACUUAUAAUUAUUUCAUUUGUAUGGGUUGACUGAUAAAUUUCUUGUUUUGUAUUAUUUUUAAAGGCUUAAAAAUUGUCUUUAAUAUAUAAAAGGUUGUAAUUUUUUUUA